UUAUAAAAAAUUCUAAAGAGUGUUGGCCCUCCUAAUAAAUUAAUAAAUGACUAUUUAUCAGGUUCUUUUUGGAUUGGGACUGCCAAUGGAGUCGGAAGUCUCGGUAAUACUGGGAUACGUACUAAAGUGCAACUACAAUUUGCCUUACAACUCGUCAUCGUUUUCAGGCCCCACUUACUUAAACAGGCACCAAAGAGAUGCGUACAAUAAUAAUGACAAUGAUAAUAGUGGAAAAAUAACAAGAGAAAGGAAUAAGAAUAAUGUAAAAAGUUUUAAAAUAAAAUCACAACAAUCACUAUCUCGAUGGGAUUUAUAUCGUAUUUUAGAGUCUGCUCUCGGGAGUUUCGGCUCGCCAGGAAAAGUAUGCUUACUUCGCGCUGUCUGCGAAGCUGCAGAACUUCCUUUUGAUCGAAGUCACGGAUUACUUGGCGAGCUUUUACAUACUUUCCUCUCUCCAUCCAGUACUUCUGAAUACCCAGACGUAUACGAGGAUCGUCAAUAUCUCACCGCUGAAAACAUCGGCAAAAAUAGUCUAAAUAAACAGUCAAAAGGUCAAUGCAAAUCUUUUUUCCCUGAGUGCAUUUACAGUCCAUUAGACUACUUUACUUUGUAA